AUGUAAUGCAAUAAAGAUGGACCAACGCGCGUCGCUGUGAGGAUGGCUUGUUUGUCCUCGCGGGUGCCACCUGAUCCCCGGUAAUACAAUGUUUAUGCUGUCGGCUCGUGUACUAGAUGGACAACUGCCUCUGCAGGUCAAGCCACCACUGGAAAAAGUCAUAUUACUUGGCUAAAGUGGCGAUUUUGUCAUUUAUUAGGGUGAAAUUGUCAAUUUCGGGUUUUGAGCUGUGCCGGUGCAUGUGCAUCUGUCAUUAAUUUCGGUCGUUACCCGUUCACAGUGCACACAUUAUUUUUUGCACACUGCAAUUUUUCCUGAUAGAAAGUUUUGAUUGCAAAUGCCGUAAAUAUAAUGUCAUUACUAUGCAUGGUGUUUGCCGUUUGUCCCAGUCAUUGUUUAGGAUUAAUGUUUUGCGGACAUAUUCAUACUUCUUUAUUAUAACAUGGCUGAGAUGUUGCAUGAGAGCAGCAGCCGAUCCGUGUUCGGCGGGACUAACAUUUUCUUUAAUGGCUUGCUUGGGAAGAAUGGAAACGGACACUCAGGACAUAGAUUUAAGGAGUCGAGGUAUAACUUUCAUUCCGGAUGGGGCUUUCCAGAAGUUCACCAACCUGAAUUUGCUGGACCUCAGCUUUAAUCACCUUCGUAGUGUAUCAUCUGAAGCAUUCGAUCUCGCCGAGCUUCGUUCACUAAAGCUGAAUAAUAAUCAAAUUGAAACACUAAGUGGACCAAUUGCCGCAUGGCAUGCAUUUUUUACCAGCAAGCCGGAUGCUGUCUCACUCGGCAAUAACCGUUUUAUGUGCAACUGCUCCAUUACCUGGUUAGUGGAAUUCUUGGCUACGGAUGAAUUCAUUCAAGAUGCGGCCGGCGUACGCUGUACGGAGCCGUCCGAAUGGCAGAACCUGCCGCUGCGCAGUAUGCCAGAAACCGUGGAUGCGGCCUGUAAAGGUGCUGCAUUGGGCACUUCACUGGGCGCACGCUACUGUAGCAAUCCGGCCAUGUUUCCCUGCUCAACGCCGUCCGCGGGGUCAGCGGCAUACUGUAUCGAUCAGACACUCUUGUGCGACGGAACUGCACAUUGUGUGCUGACUGGGAACGACGAGAAUCCGUUCAUCUGUAAUGGCUAUCGCCGCGGCCGACCGAAAAUUCCCUCCAACGAUGUGGUGCCCUUUGUAAAGGAUUCUUUCGGCUAUUUCGACGGAUUGCUGGAACGGACGCGCCUAAUGGGUUUCGGUACAGCGACAACGGCAGCAAAAGUUGUACCGGAAAUGUCCGGUUGUCGUAAAGGGAUGUUCAAGUGCUUCUCUGGUGCGCUGUGUAUUUCGUCAGCCAAGACGUGCGACGGAACGACAGAUUGUCCGGAUGGUGCGGAUGAAGAGGUAUCGCUUUGUUCUAAAACUCCACCGACGCAGCGAGUAACUCUACCGCCAGUUAUUACGUCUGCAACAAAAAGCAUACCGCUCAGUGUGAAUAAUCAGACAGCGAUGACCUUUAAUAAACUGAAGGACCAUCACGAAAAUCAGACCAUCGUCACUGUCAGUCUUCUGACAAAGACACCGCUAAGUCAGGCGACCAUGAAACCAACGUCCAUCAACACAUCCACGGUAACCCCGAUGACGACGACCUCCAUCGAAGACGGCUUAAUGGUGAGUUUCGAUAAUCAAAGGGUACCUUCGGCACAUCUGCCGACAGAGUCCAUAGCGUCACUGCCGGUGUUGGCUACCGAUGUGUUGGCGCCCCAUCCCACCAUAACAUUCCCUCAAGUGGACGGGAUUCCGCAUGUCAACCACUUUCACAAUAACUUGGCUCACGAUGCACUGGGCUAUCAACAAGGCGAAUUUUUGCCAACUCUGACGGAAACGGAUAGCACCGCGAAAAUUAUACCGACAUUGUCUGUAGAGGGAUUUAAUGCUAGUACUACCGGAAGCGCAACGGACAUGGUUCGUCUCCCCGCAGAAAAUCUUCUCCAGCCCGUACGUAUCCAAAUAAAAAGCAGUGCGAAUCACGACCUGGCUAUCGGGUGGGAUCCACCUGAAGCUCCACAAGGCAUUGGAUGGCACCUGGUGGCUUAUAGCGUAGAGUGCGAAAUCAACCGUAACGGAUCUGGGAAGAAGAAGAAAAAGUCGCCGCUUUUGUCCACCCUGGUACGAGAAUAUACAUUUCAUCACAUCCUGCCAGAAGAUUCACUCAAACUGACCGUCAAAGCUCUAUACCAAGAUGCGGACAAUCAACGCUACGAAUAUGCAAGCGAAAUUUUUCUUCGAGAGGGAGUAUCGGCGGACAAUAUGCCAGCCUUGUAUCAAGCUCCAGAGAAGGAGCUCAUUUUACCAUCUGCCAAACAAGUAAAUUAUCCAGGAAGAUGGGCUUUGAAGAUGUGUUAGGAAUUGCAGUCGGUGGAACACUGGCGGGGCUUGAUGGUGUUGCUGAUUGGAAUUUAUCUGUUUAGAAAGAAAAAUAUCUUCUCAGACGUGCCGGCCAUAGCACUAACGCUAGACCUUUACGGAUGCGCAAAAU